AUGGUGUACGAUCAUGUAGGGGAUGUAAUGCUUUUUUCCGACGUGCUAUCACUUAUGACCAACAUUUCACCUGUCGUCGUGGAGGACAUUGCCUUGUUGAUAGAAGUGACGGCAAGAUGCGCAUGUCGAGCGUGCCGUUUAGCAAAAUGCAUCGCUGUUGGUAUGGACAAAAAGGGUACGUGUUGUUUCAUAUCCAUCAACAUCAUAGUCGGGUUCAUUUCUUUGCCCAGAUCAUCUGAUUAG